AUGGCAGAGCUGUGCACACACCUUGAGCUGCUGAGAGAACAGCUCCAGGGGCAAUGGCCCUUCUUGAAGGCCAUCUCUCCGCAGGUCCAGUAUCCCGGCUGGCUGAGGAACGAGCUGCGGUCAGGGGCGUGCUCCCCCCAUGUGCAGGCAGAUCCCUCAGGACGAAGGAGGCAGGCAGGCAGGAGCCAGCUCGUCCAGGCAGGCCCAGCGCUGCAUUCCCAUCGUCUGAAGGCUGCAAGAGAGCGCUGCGGGCACUCGGCACUGGAGGCACUUGGACUCCCCACCCUCCAGCCCAGCCCAGGAGAAGGGAGGUCAGCAAGAGGUGGAGAAAGGCUGAAAACCUUCUCCCAGCGGAGGAGAUGGCAGCAGCAGCCCAGCUGGAGAGACUCCAGCCUGACCACCUUUCCCCAUGAGCAGUCCGGGUCCUCAGAAGGCUGGAGCCACGUCAAGCAUGGAGGAACAUCUUCAAGCACAUCACUGAGAACAACAGGCAGCAUCAAGAGCAGCAGAGGCAGCUCCCCUGGAGAUGCAGCUGAACCAAAACGUCUGGUCCGAGCAAGCAGCCAGUUGGGGGAAAUAGGAGAUACCAGCAGCGCCAAGCAGCUCUGUGGGGAUGGGAGGAGGACGCUUGGAUGCAGCAAACACUGCUGCCGGCCGUGGUGUGUCCCUGAGCCAUCUCUCGUCGGCUCCCCACUGUAGGCCAGUUCUGGGGAUACAGAGACAUAACUGUCUGCUUUUAACCAUUUGGAUAUUGUUUCUUGUUUAACCACUUAGAUAUUGUUUCUUGUUUAUUCUUUCUAAAACUCACUUACCAAGGCUGGCGCCUGUAACGUCUGUUAAGGGUUAAGUUUAUCAGGGACUGGUAUUUGUCAAAAGCUACUUGCUGAACAAAGGGAGUGAUAACAGGAACUGCAAGGCUAGUCUGACCACAGAACCGACUAGGACUUGUUAAAACUGCUGAAAUCAACAAGUAAGAAGACAGCACGCUUAAAAGACUGAAGUUCAUCUAGAGGACAGAAGAGGAAGAGGAAGAUAAGACCCCUGAAGAAGUAAAAGACCACCAGAGACAGAUCUGAGCCUGCGCAGUUUCUGAAUCAACUCCGCCCCCAACUUAUACAUACGUAUUAUGAAACCCUAUGACUAUGUAUGCUUUGGUGUAAUAAAUAUCCGACUGCUUGCCGAAAUGGUGUGCAAGCUUUGAGGAGAAAUCCCCUUGCACCCGGCGCCGUAAUAAACACGCCUGCUUUAUAACUCUUUGUGAGUUGUAAAGUUUGUUUCUGCGUGUCAGUUUGGCACCCCAGAUGGGACCCUCUCUGUCCGGCUGCAGGACCGGCUGAGAGUGGGAUGUCCUUGGCAUGCCCUGAGAUUUCUCGGAGGACCUCCCUCGCUCACCCGAUCACUGCAGAGACAGACAAGGACCAUCAGCGGACCAGGUAUGUUAAUUUAAGGGGGGGAACCUGUAAGUCGUGAGGAGACAUCCUACGCGAGGUAAAGAGCAUUGGCGCUCGCCCCUGGGUGGUCAGGAUUCGAAUCCAGCAGUGGGGAAUGCGGGAAUCGCUGAUUAAGGGAAGUACGCGAUGGGUGCUCUUCGCUGAAAUUGCGUGAGUACGGGAUAGCUAUCGUUUGUACCAACUAUUACAGCCCCUGGGAAUUGUAAUUUAUAUUAUUGUGGCUAUAAUUGGGAUUUUAUGAUAGUCAUUACAAUCUGUAUACUUAAGAAGGUUUUGUGCCCGGUACUGUGUAUUGUGUGAAAAGUGCUUUAUUAUACAAUUAAUGUUGUUGUAAGUUGUUGUAAGUUGGGUGAGUGUUUGAGUAAGUGAUGAAGUUGGACUGCAGGGCGAGUGCGGAGUCCUGAUCCGCGGUUCCGUGUUCUC